AUGAGUUAUAUUUUUGUAAAAUUACAUAUUAAUUCAUGUCUUUCAGUUUUUUCAACAGUUGCAAAACUUCGUAAUACAAAGGUUCCAACAAAAUUAUCAAGUAUAAAUAGAUUUGUUAAAAAGGACUUUUUAACAGCCUUAGAUGAUUCACAAACUGUUGUUGAUUGUUUGUAUUCAGAAGUUCCUGGUGGACUUAGAAUCAAUAAACAAAUUCGAGUGAAUAAUAAAAUCGAUUAUAAUUUGGCAUGCUUAAUAUAUAACUUUAACUCUACAUACUUUACUUAA